CGCGGCGGCGGUGCCAGCUCCCGGCCGCGGCGCUCGGGGCCGGCUCUGGGCAGGGGCGGCCGGGGCGGCGCGGGGGGCGCGGGCGGCGGGGUGGCCGGGCCAUGCAGUACCAGCCCCCGGGCGCGGCGCCGACGGCGGCCCUGGGCGUCGGCGUCCCGCUGUACGCGCCCACGCCGCUGCUGCAGCCCGCGCACCCCACGCCCUUCUACAUCGAGGACAUCCUGGGCCGCGGCCCCGCCGCCGCCCCGGCCCCCCACUCCCUGCCCGCCCCGCCGCCGCCGACGCUGCCGUCGCCCAACUCGUCCUUCACCAGCCUGGUGGCCCCGUACCGGACGCCCGUCUACGAGCCGACCCCCGUCCACCCGGCCUUCUCCCACCACCUCGCCGCCACCUACGGCGCCGGCGCCUACGCCGGGCCCCUCUACUCCUUCCCCCGCGCCGUCGGCGACUACACGCACGCCCUGAUCCGGCAGGACCCCCUGGGGAAGCCGCUGCUGUGGAGCCCCUUUAUCCAGCGGCCGCUGCACAAGAGGAAAGGGGGACAGGUCCGCUUCUCCAACGACCAGACCAUCGAGCUGGAGAAGAAAUUUGAGACGCAGAAAUACCUCUCGCCGCCGGAGAGGAAGCGCCUGGCCAAGAUGCUGCAGCUCAGUGAGAGGCAGGUCAAAACGUGGUUUCAGAACCGCAGAGCCAAAUGGAGGCGUCUAAAGCAGGAGAACCCUCAAGCCACCAAGAAGGAAGAAGUGGAAGGUGCUGACAGUCACGGUGACCAAAGGCCGGAGAGCUGCCCGAGCCCCGAGCAGAAGGGCAAGGAGGUGUCCCUGGACGGCUCGCAGUACACCCCCUCGCCCGCCUCGCAGGAGGACCUGGAGUCAGACGUCUCCGACGACUCUGAUCAAGAAGUGGACAUUGAAGGCGACAAAGGCUUUUACAACCCUUCCCACUAACGGCCCCACGCGGAGAGUGGACCCUAGCUCGGCUUGCACUUUACCAGCGGCUGGCUUGAAAGAGUAUUUUGCUAUAGGAGAAGACUUUCAGCAUUCCACUGGAAGAAAAAGAAACAGACAGACUUGUUUUAUAAUAAGCAGAGAAAGCAAGACGUAUUUUCCGCAAACAGUCCGUUUUUGUCAGAUCUCUAAUUUGGUUAAAGGAACAGAUCCGUGGUUUGUAUUUAAUUUGUAAGAUAUAUUUGUACAUUAAUUGAUGUUCUAACUGGAACAUAGUACUGCAUCCCAUCCUUAUUCACUGGGGGUCUGGAUCAGCUGCUGUUAGGGAUCAGGCAGAACUCAUCUCUGGCUAGUGUGGAAGUGAGUACGGAUUGCAGGACUAAGCCCAUUGUAUGUGUAAACAAAUGUAGUUUAAAUAGAUUAAUUUAAACACCCUUUGCAAGCAGAGAAAUGUGUUCAUUGAAAUAUAGAGGGAUUCAACCAUCCCUACAAGUGCCUUAUGCUCACACCCUUUUACCUGCCAUGGUGCUCUCUACUGAGGCAUCCCUGUCUUUAUCAGAUGGAGUCUUUGGACAGAUCUGUUCUUGCUCUUGCAUGAGAUAAAUGUGCCUCCUCAAAUUUUUGAGGACUUCGACCUGCAGCCUGGAUGGUUCCAUUUGCAGCAAAAAAAAAAAAAAAAAAAAAAAAGUAUUUUUCUCCUUGAAAAAUCUCUAGCAUUGUUUUUUCCAGUUUUCAUAUUUGAGAAGAAAAUGCAAGGAGUGAUAGUGCCCUGCUGCAGGAGAGAACCUGGCAUCAGCUGCAGGGGAUAAAUGGGGCACAGAGCCAGAGGGAAGAUAAUGCCUAUUGUAUACAUAUCUGCUUUUGUACAUACUAGUUUGCUUUAAAAGUCUUGUGGUUUUAUACCUCACAUUGUUCAUAUUUUGUACAUAUUUGUUCAAUGUUAAAAGAAAAAAAAAAAGCAAAAAGUGGUAUUUAAUUUUUGAUGGACUCAUCUGUGAAAUAAAACUAAACUCUGCA